CGGGCGCAGCGUUUCGCCUCCGAGUCGCGUAGACAGGCAGCGAUGCUCGCGAGCAAGCCACGUCCAAGCCUGCCCUCCAAGUCCAAGUGGCAGUCGAGCACACACCUUGGGUCCAAACCGCUCUUGACGAAGCAGCUCGGCCUCGAUCAGCGCAAGAAGCCAGUUUUCACGCGGCGGGACUCGGCGCCGCGCAGUAGCAACAACGAGCCCGAAAAGUCACCAGCCCCAUCAACCGGGCCCGCGACACCCCUCCGACGCUGUCGGUCGGCGUCCUCGAUCCGUCAAAAGAUCAUUGACGCCAGCGACUUUGGAAACAACAACCUUAUUAGCCACACUCCUCUCGCCACCACGGCUGCGGUCGUCGACCUCGAAACUCUUCCGCCUCCCGCCUCGGUCGAGACCUGCAAGUACGCCAAGAAGACGGGCCUCGCAUCGCAAAAGUCGUACGCGUCAAUGGCGCUGGGUCGUCGACACAAGUUUGCUCGGUCGUCGGCGACCGUCUUGGAAAUGGAGCUCGCCGAGCGCCUUGGCGAAAUCGAAAUGGCCCAAGUGCCCCAGAAGCAGCGCGCGCGGCUCCAAGUGGCCCGGGAUCUCUUGGACCAAGUCAUCUUGCAGGACCGCACGUACGCAGGCAUUUUGCUCAAGAUCCGCACCGAGUUCAACAAGCAUUUUGACAUAACGUAUGCCGAGCCGUCCGACGACGUCGGCGCCCCCUUGGAUGUCUAUCUCGCACGAACCGAAAACCAAGCGCUCAAGCAGCUCUGCGUCGAGCUCCAGAACGAAGUCGACCAGCUACGGCACGUGCUUCGCUUUGAGCCGCUCGGCAAAGUCGGCACCGCUUCGAUGCCGGAUGGACAUGAAGACGACGAUGUGUCGCUCGUGCUACCUGGCACGACCGCGACCUACUGCGUGCCGCAGACCGUGCCCAAACUAAACUUUGCCGCGUUGAGUCCGUACCAAGACGACGACGACGACGGCGGCGGCUACGUUGCGUAGCUCCCUUGUACAGCAAUGCCAUACACACCGACAAUAUGUACAAAAUACAUUGC